CAGCCGAGGGUCUCCCUCCGGGAAAUUAUUUCCCGACGUUAAUGUGUCACUUCGUCAGUCGGCCCGACACUGGGCCAACCCCUGCGAAGAAUCAUCGAGUGGUUUUCCCACAGUUGCGUAGACAUUGAUUCGACUGACGAUAAGGACCCCAAAGAUGGAGAGACACGUGAAGAUCCUCUUGUUGGUCCUUGGGACAGUCCUAGGGUUGCAGAUAGCGAACGCGCAGACGUCGGUCGCGGAACCGUCGACGGAAUCGUCCGAGCCGGACCCAGAAUGCACAGCCAGAUGCACCGGGGGCCCUAACGAUAAGUGCACCCUAUGCGGAACUGCGUGUCCGCUGACCUGCGAUCGACCGGAACCUGGGAUUUGCACGAAACAAUGUGUCGUCAACGUUUGCCGAUGUGAUCAAGGGUACGUUCGGAACGCGCGCGGACGGUGCGUCAGGCCCAACCAAUGCCCGAGAAGGGACCCAAGAUGCACGCGGAGAUGCACUGGCGGUCGCCAUGACAGGUGCACCCUCUGCGGGAGUGCGUGUCCUCGGACUUGUGACAGACCCAAUCCCGAGGCUUGCACUUUGCAAUGCAUAGUGAACACCUGCGAAUGUGAACGGGGGUACGUUCGCAAUGCGGCAGGACGAUGUGUCCGCCCUGACCAGUGUCCGCAGUCCCGGCAACCUCAAUGCACCCGCCGAUGCACCGGAGGGCCUCACGACCGCUGCACCCUCUGCGGAAGCGCUUGUCCUCUCAGUUGUGACAGACCCAAUCCCAGGAUCUGCACUUUGCAAUGUCUCAUCAACGUCUGCGAGUGUGACAGAGGUUUCGUUCGCAAUUCCGAAGGACAAUGCGUUCGUCCUGACCAGUGCCCUUCGUCCGGUCAACCUGGUCAAUGCACUCGAAGAUGCACUGGCGGUCCGAAUGAUGAGUGCACCUUCUGCGGUAGCGCAUGUCCGCCGACUUGCGACAGAUCUAGUACGAUGCUGUGCACUCCGGAAUGUCGGGUGAAUGUCUGCCAGUGUCGGCGAGGGUAUCUUCGUAAUUCGGAAGGACAAUGCGUCCGGCCAGACCAGUGUCCGCCGGCGGAAUAGUCCAGACGUCAGGAUUUGGGAUUUUGUUGGGACGAUGCGGAGGGGGAUCAGCUGAUCAGCCGGAGGCUAAAUCUGUUGGAUAGUCUGAUGGACAGUCCUGAGUCUGGAUCUGUAGGAUAUCCUGACGGACUUUAAACCUCGUCAAGGUCAAGGUCAAGGUCUGGAGAGUUUAUUUAUUAAUGUUAUUGCAAAUGGAUUUUUCUGCCUUCGUCAUCGCUAAUGUUUUUUAUGCUUCUUUUAUUGUACCGUAGAAUGAUAAAUAUAUUUUUGUUAUCUUUUUGGUGAUAAAUAAUAAACACAGGGAAAUCCCUGUUAUCAAUUGUUGA